UUGGUCCUCCGCACCCCACAAGGAAAACUAGCUAGCAAGAAGUCCUGGGUACAAGGGGCAACUGGUAUGAGCCAGUAUUCAUGGACUACCCGAAGAACAGUAGAUUUGGGAACGGGCCAGGUAUCCCAUUCCUUUAUGGUAAUACCAGAAUGCCCCUACCCGCUGUUAGGACGGGACUUACUGACCAAGAUUGGGGCUCAGAUAACUUUCAGACAAGGGGGGCCUCAGGUCACCGAUGGCAAGGGCCACCCCAUCCAGGUCCUGACCAUGAAACUGGAGGAUGAAUACCUCCUCCACCAGGAGGCGCUCCCGAGAGAGGAUAAUAUAGACAGAUGGCUACAAGAAUUCCCCUCGGUUUGGGCAGAGACAGGGGGGAUGGGACUAGCCGCUCAUAGGACCCCAGUCCUGGUAGAGCUCAAGCCAGGAGAGAGUCCGGUAAGGAUCAAACAAUACCCCAUGUCUCAGGAGGCCUGGAAGGGGAUCCAGCCACACAUCCGGAGACUACGAAGCCUAGGGGUACUAGUUCCUUGCCAGUCUGCCUGGAACACCCCCCUACUGCCGGAAAAGCCUCACACAAAUGACUACUGACCGGUACAAGACCUCCGGGAAGUAAAUAAGAGGGUCGUGGACAUACACCCAACUGUUCCCAACCCAUAUACUCUCUUGAGCUCCUUGGCGCCCUCCAGGGUCUGGUAUACUGUACUAGAUUUAAAGGACGCCUUCUUCAGUCUGCCGUUGGCACCCCAGAGCCAACCCUUGUUCGCCUUUGAGUGGCAUGAUCCAGAGGAGGGCUACAGUGGGCAACUCACCUGGACACGGCUACCUCAGGGAUUCAAAAAUUCACCCACCAUCUUCGACGAGGCACUACAGGAGGACCUGGUAGAUGGCAUCGCGACUUGGGUCCAUCACACCCACGCUCAGCCAUCGGACCCCUCCUCGAUCCGGAAGGACGUUGUCACGCGAUGGGCCAUCAGUCGGGACCAACAUAACCCGCUCAAGCUCAAGCUACACUAUAGAACCUAUUCACCAAUUGACCAUAAGGGACUGCCUCAGCUGCCGAGCACUCCCACGCCCAAGGUCAUGUCCUCCAAGGGAGACUGUCAUGCCAUGACUGAUCAAUCAAGUUGGGGUUCAACACGUCUAAUGCACAAUUUUGACAGGCCAUUUAGCCACAGAGUUCUCUGCGGGAGUCAGCUGAAACCUCUGUUUGGGCCUGCCAUGCAGUUUCUCCAUCUACUUCGUCCUGCGUCUUUCCUCUUUCUUCCACAGCUAGCUAAACAGGGGUGGGGAAGGACACAAAAGUUGGAGAAGCUGAAGCGGGAGACCAGGGAGGAGGUGGAAGAGCUACGGGCGCAGCUGCUGCCCCACGCGAACAAGGUGAGUCGGCAGAUCAGUGACCACCUGCGUGAGCGGCAGGGACUGGGGCCCAGUGCUGUGCUUCCGAGGGCAAAAAAUGUAUUCCUCGCUUUCACCUUCCAAUCCCCAUACAAAAGGUCUCUACUAAGAAAAGGGAAUUCUGAGAAACACAGUUCCAGGUCAGCUAAGGUGACACGCCACAAUCACAAUGCCUUUCUAAGAGAAGGAAGCACCAUAAAACUUUGUACUACAGAGCAUUUUUAUGAAGACAGGAUAAGUGACAGUUUUCUUCAUCGUAAAGAAAAAGAAAUUCAGGAGUGUAAUUCUGUAUGA